CACCUCUGCCCACCCUGAGCGCAAGUGCAUCGCAGCCACCGCCACGAUGUGGGCCAUCCUGCCGCUGCUCUGCGCCGGAGCCUGGCUCCUGGGCCCCACCGCCUGCGGCGCCGCCGACCUGGCAGUGAGCUCCCUAGUGAAGUUUCACUUUAAGUCAUGGAUGUUGCAGCACCAAAAGAAAUACAGCUCGGAGGAGUACCACCACAGGCUGCAGGCGUUUGUCAGCAACUGGAGGAAGAUCAAUGCCCACAACGCCGGGAACCACACAUUCAAAAUGGGACCGAACCAGUUUUCAGACAUGAGCUUUGCUGAAUUAAAGAGCAAGUAUCUUUGGUCAGAGCCUCAGAAUUGCUCAGCCACCAAAGCUAACUACCUUCGGGGUACUGGUCCCUACCCACCCUCCAUGGACUGGCGGAAAAAAGGAAAUUUUGUCUCACCAGUGAAAAAUCAGGGCAGCUGCGGCAGUUGCUGGACCUUCUCCACCACCGGGGCCCUGGAGUCUGCUGUUGCCAUAGCAACUGGGAGGCUGCCCUCUCUGGCCGAGCAGCAGCUGGUGGACUGCGCUCAGAACUUCAACAAUCACGGCUGCCAAGGGGGUCUCCCCAGCCAGGCCUUCGAGUACAUCCGGUACAACAAAGGCAUCAUGGGUGAAGACACCUACCCCUACAAGGGCCAGGAUGGUGACUGCAAGUUCCAGCCCAGUAAGGCCAUUGCUUUUGUCAAGGAUGUAGCCAACAUCACAAUGAACGACGAGGAGGCGAUGGUGGAGGCGGUGGCCCUGUACAACCCUGUGAGCUUUGCCUUCGAGGUGACUGAUGACUUUCUGAUGUACAAAAAGGGUGUCUACUCCAGUACUUCCUGUCAUAAAACUCCAGAUAAAGUAAACCACGCAGUCCUGGCUGUUGGGUAUGGAGAAGAAAAUGGGAUACCCUAUUGGAUUGUGAAGAACUCUUGGGGUCCCCAGUGGGGAAUGAAGGGGUACUUCCUCAUGGAGCGCGGGAAGAACAUGUGCGGCCUGGCAGCCUGCGCCUCCUACCCCAUCCCCCUGGUGUGAGCCGGGGCGGCGGCAGCAGCAGCAGUGACUGGUUGGUGGAUGGAGGAAGGACCGGGCAGCCUGGGGCCUAAAACCCUGCCCUGGAGGAAGUGAGCAGUGGGAGACCCCC